GCGUCGACCAAUCGAGGAGGCUCCCGAAUUGGCGAGCGGGCCCGCCUGUGCGCGCUAGGGAUUUCAAUGGGCACAGUCGAGGCGCGUCUCUCGCGUGGCAUGAAAACAACUGCGUGCUAACGACAGUCGGACGCCGCGUCUCGCAGUCUCUGUUAUUUGCCCCGCCAAGCGAAACUCGAAGCUACGAGCGAGCAGGGCGGGGCCCGGCUGGCCAUGAUGAAGCCGGACAUCAGCACACUGUCGCAGCAGCUGAAGCAGGAGCGCCUCUACGUAAGCUCUGAGCGGCAGAUCCUGCAGCGUCUCAAUGCCGACGUUCUCAAGACUGCCGAGCGCCUCUACCACACGGCGUGGAUCGGCAAGCAGCAGCGGAUCAACCUCGACCGCCUCAUCCUCACCAGUGUGGAUGCGUCUCCGACUGAGUGCUGCCAGCGUGCCAAGGUGCUGGAGGACACGCAAUUUGUGGAGGGCUACCGGCGGCUGGGCUCGCACGAGGGGAUGUACGGCGAGCUAGUGGCGCGUCUGCGCGAGGCCCCGCGCCUCGUCGCCUCGUGCCUCGUGUGCGGCGAGCGGCUCGGCCUAGAGGGCACCACGACGGUGCUGCAGGUUGUGUACACCGCACUCUAUGGCAACGGCAUCACCCCGCAGGACGAGGCCUACCUGCUGCAGGUCCUGCGCUACCUCAUGGAGUUCUCGCUCAAGCAGAGCGACUCCCCGCGCCGCCUCCUCCGUCGUGCCACCUGCUCCUUCAGCCUGCUCUUCCGCCUGCUCUCGGAUGGCCUGGCCGCCGCCAAGAUCUUCCUGACGGCGGCGCUGCGCGAGCCCAUCCUGCGUUUGCUCGUCGAAGACCAAGACCGGCUCGAGACAGACCCGGCCAAGCUUCUCGACCGCCUCGAGAUCCACACGCAGGAGCGCCUGUUUGGCCCGCGCGGCACUGACGAGUUCCGGGCGCGCGUGCUGGAGGCCGUGGAGGUGAACGUGACGCGGCUGGUGGCGCUGGUGAACCGUUUUGCAUCCAGCCUGCGCCGCAGCACGCACUGCUUCCCCACCGUGCUGCGCUGGGUCGCCUCGCAGGCGUACGUGACGCUGGCACGCGCGGAAGGCCUGAGCCCCGGUGAGGCUCGGGCUGUGUGCACGGACCUGCUGCUCGCCUGCUUCAUCUGUCCGGCCCUGGUGAACCCCGAGCAGUACGGCGUCAUCACCGAUGCCCCCAUCAACGAGGUGGCCCGAUUCAACCUCAUGCAGGUGGGGCAGGCAUUGCAGCAGCUGGCCAUGCUGGGCUGUGAGGAAAGCGACUCGCGCAUGAAGAACAUCGUCAGCAGGUUUGACCGGAGCUGUGUGUCGUCCUUCGUGGACGUGAUCAUUGGAGCGCGGGUGCUGGAAUCUCCUCCGCUGUCCAGCUACAACCUCAUGGAGGGUCUGAGCAGGACCACAGUGUUCAUCACAGCGGAGCAGCUGCAGGGCAUGAUCGGCUUCCUGCACGCCGUGCUGGCCGCUAACUCGCUGGCGGACGACGACCGCUCGUGGCUGGAGAGCCUGCUCGCGCGCCUCCCUUCCCAACCGCCACUUGGCGCCGGCGGAGGCACCACCAGCAGCGGCAGCAGCCAUGCCCUGUGCAGCCAGGGGUGCACACCGUCUGCCACGCCGCACGUCUCGCCCGCCACCACGCCCUCCAGCAAGAAGAACCUGCUGCAGAUCGCCGCUGGCCGCAGUCUUGGCCGGCUGUCCGUCGCGGGGGGCCAGCAGCCCCAGGACUGCGACGGCGACGCGGCGUCCGGUGACGGCUACCCCGAGGAGGUCCCGGAGGAGGUGCUCGUGCUCUCGCUGGGCGCCAGUUGUUCGGACGUGCUGCCCGGCCUCAUGUCAGAAAAUGAGGUGCUGUCCCUGCAGGUGGUUGGCGGGAGCCAGGGGGACGGCGGAGGGGACGAGGGUAAACUGGAAGCCGAGGGCAAACCCGACAAGACUCUGCGCUUCUCGCUGUGCUCCGACAACCUGGAGGGCGUCUCCGAAGCAGGCCUUAACUCGGGCGUGUUCGCGUGCGCAUACCCGGACCCCUCAGGGCCGUCGAACCGCUCCAACUCGGUGUCGUCUCUCGACCUGGAGGCCGAGUCCGUGUCAGAGCUGGGAGCCGGCGCCUCCGCCAACAGCGACGCGGCUGCUCUGCAUCUCCUCGAGCAUGAGCAAGCCACGACGCAGGAUAACCUGGAUGACAAGUUGCGCAAGUUUGAGAUCCGCGACAUGAUGGGGCUCGGAGAUGACCGCGACAUCUCGGAGACGGUGAGCGAGACGUGGAGCACCGACGUCGUGGGCAGCGACUUCGACCCGAACCCGGACGAGGAUCGGCUCCAGGAGAUCGCCGGCACAGCGGCGGACAGCAUGCUCGGGAACCUGCUGGGGCUGCCCGGUUCGGGGCUGCUGGAGCGCUGCACGGGAUCCGCCAUGUCGGAGACGACCAGCGAGGCGUGGAGCGUCGAGGUGCUCGCCAGCGACUCGGAGGUGACAGAGCUGAAGCAGGAGGAGCGGUUGCAGGAGCUGGAGAGCUGUUCUGGCCUGGGCUCGGUGUCAGACGACACGGAUGUGCGGGAGGUCAGCUCCAGGCCCAGCACUCCUGGCCUCAGCGUCGUCUCGGGCAUCAGUGCCACCUCGGAGGACAACCCCAACAAGACGGAGGACCUGCGCUCGGAGUGCGACUCGGACUUCGGGGGAAAAGACUCCAUGACGAGCCCCGAGACCGAGGAGGCUGGGCGCGGUCCUCAGCAGCUGACCUCCUCUUCAUCCCAAAUCGAGUCCAUCCUCUCCAUAUUUGAUCCGCUCAACCUGGCAGACGGACCACCCGUGGUGCGGCCCAGGAUCCAGGUGUCGCGCCCGGAGCACUCAUCCCCGUCCGAGCCAUUCCUCACGGAUGCAGCCGGCAAUGCCGGCGGGGGGGACGGGCAGCCCGGGCACGGGGGACAGCACCCGACUGCGCCCGGUGGUUUCUGCGACGCUCCUUCCGCCACUGCCUCUGGUGGGGCACCGGGCGCUUACGGUGGCUUCGUGCCACCACCACUGCCGCCACUGCAACCGUCGCAGCAGGUGCAGCAGCAGCAGCAGCAGCAACAACAGCAGCAGCAACAACAACAACAGCAACAGCCCUACCAGUUCACGCCAUCGCAGGUGCACUUCUCCCCCCAGCUGCACGGUGGCUCGGGACAGACGCAAGUUCACUUCCAGACGCAGCAUCACCAGCAGGGCGACGGGGAUGCGGCUGCAGCUGCGCAGGCGGCGAUGCCUCACCCCGCGGCGCCAUCACCACCCCAGCAUCACCAUCACCACUACCAACAGCAACAGCAGGCGGCGGUGGUUGCGGCGCAAAGGCCAUUUGGGUGGAAGUCGGCGUUCGAGCGGCCGCAGACCGUGCGGGAACGCUUCACGCAGUUCGUGCGGCCGCGCAGCUCGGAGGGGACAGGCGGGCCUCCUGGCCGGGACGGCUACCCGCGGAGCACGACAGGUCUGGGAGCGCCUCUGGGCCAGGGAUUGGCCAGCGCGGCCCGGAGGGGCCCGGGUGGCGAGGACGCGGUUGGGCCCUCCCUGAGUUGGUCGCGAAGGCCCGUCAACUCGGAGGAGAGCUCCCUUCACCACGCCUGGACCAAGCGCACCACUUUCGCCGGCGAUGAAGCCAUGCUGGCUGCCUCUUCCUCGAACUGGGGCAUCCGCCGUGGCGGUGGCGGCGGCGGCGGUGGAGCGAGCGGCGGCGGCGGUGGCCGGGAAGAGCUGGGUCGAGAGCUCCCUCUCGGCUCCGAGGCUCGCAACAGCGUGGCCGAGCCGUCCGGCCCGGGCGUCGGCUCUGCGUCCGGUUUGUCGUCCGGGUCAGCGGGCACGGGAGGUCACAUGGCCGGCUUGUUGCCCUCCGAGUCGCCGCACGACGACGGGGGCCAUUUCGCGGCUGUUUCGGACCAGUCUGAUGACAGAAAGGACAGUGAUGAUGAGAAGUCCGACAAAAGCAAGCCGUGGUGGAAAAAGAAGCUGUCGGCCAUCCAGAAAGGCCCCAUCAGCUUCAAGAAGAGAGACAGGCAAGAGCGGGAGCGGGAGGACGGGAUCAUGGAGAACAGGUUUCAGGCCAUUCCAGACGAGGCAAUGCAGGCCCUGCCAGUGGUGGGCCCGCAGACAUUCGCCGCUGAUGACAUCCUGGACAAGUACCGCAGCGCAAUCAAGCGGGCGAGUCCCAGCGAGGAGCAGCACAACGAGGCAGCGGCGGAUGGGGACAUUUUCCAAGAGUCUCCCCGUGACGAGGGUGCGCUUAGCCUCUCGGCCGACGACCUCCCAGACUCGGCGAGCCAGACGGCCCUCCCUCGGCACUCCUCCUUCACCUUCAGAGAUGCCAAGAAGAAGUUACGUCUGGCGCUGUGCUCGGCCGACAUCAUGGCCUUUCCGUUGCUGUCGGCGCCCGCUGUGCGCAACGGCCCCUUCCCGGCCGCCGAGCACUUGGACCCCGAAGACAACGAGAUCGUGUGCUUCCUGAAGGUGCAGCUCGCCGAGGCCAUCCACCUGCAGGACAAGAGCCAGAUAGCGCAGCUGCAGGAGACGCUGCGCUGCGUCGCGCGCUUCGACAACCGCACCUGCCGCAAGCUGCUCGUCGCCAUCGACGACGACUACAGGCGGCGGGCGCCGUACAUCGCGUACCUGACGCGCUGCCGCCAGGGCCUGCAGGCGACGCAGGCGCACCUGGAGCGCACGCUGCAGCGCGUGCAGCGCGACAAGGACAUCUCCACGCGCUACUUCACCGCCGUGUGCGUGCGCCUGUUCCUGGGGCGGCGCGAAGACCGCGUGCUCGCCUUCAUCGAUGAGUUCAAGGGUCUGACGGCAUCGGACGAGAAGACGGCGGUGGUGUCGGACUUCCUGGAGUCCCUGUACGGCGCCAUGGCGCAGGACGUGAUCUGGCAGCACGCGAGCGAGGAGCAGCUGCAGGAUGCGCAGGUGGCCAUCGAGCGCAGCAUCAUGAGCCGCAUCUUCCGCCUCGCCUUCUACCCCAACCAGGACGGCGACAUCAUGCGCGACCAGCUCUUCCAUGAACACAUCCAGAGGCUGUGCCGUGUUGUGUCGGCCAACCACAGGGCACUGCUCAUCCCGGAGGUUUAUUUAAAGGAGGCUCCCUGGCCAUCUGCUCAAGCUGAAGUCCGCACCAUCAGUGCCUACAAGACCCCCAGAGACAAGGUGCAGUGCAUCUUGCGCACGUGCUCGACCAUCAUGAACCUGCUGAGUCUCGCGAACGAAGACUCGGUGCCGGGAGCAGACGACUUCGUCCCGGUGUUGGUCUACGUCGUCAUCAAGGCCAAUCCACCGUGCAUGCUGUCCACGGUGCAGUACAUCAACAACUUCUACGAGAAGCGACUGAGCGGGGAGGAGCAGUACUGGUGGAUGCAGUUCACCGCCGCCAUCGAGUUCAUCAAGACCAUAGACGACCGCAAGUGAAGUCCAUCCGUGGUGGAAAUCGACGAUCCGUUAAAACGCAUGUGUCGUUUCUAGAGCCGAGAAAAAAAAGCCUAAAUAGUUUACGCAGAUGUCGAGUCGAGGAGAGGCGUGUAAAAAAAAAAAUUGCUUUUGUACAUAGCUGGUUUUUGUCUGCAGCAUCACUCUUCUCGAGUCCCGCCCCAACUUUUUCAAUCUCAAUGGGACUCAAGUAUGUAGAACUUGUACAUAUAUACGAAGCGUAACGUCCUUCGGAAGUACUUGAUUUGUCGGGCGCCCGUCAUCUUUGGGGGGGUGGGGGUCGGAUGCGCAGCGGUUUGUUUGCAGGCAUUGAAUCCCCGGCCACGUCACAGACUUUUAUUUUUAACUUGUACAUAGGACACAUUAAAAAUCAGGAGUCGUUAGAUAUUUACAUGUGACUCUUAUGUGUGCGUUCAAUCAUCUGCUUCCUUCAAUCUUGAGUUUAGUUUUCGAAUUUCCAGAACCUUUUCCGACCGACUUCAAUUUGAAGUUUUGAUUGUCGGAUUUUGAAAUGUUCCAUCGGACUGUUGCAGGAGUCUAAUUCUUACACUCCGCCACACAUGUUUACUUGCAGCCAAUACCAACUCGUCAUUUUGGUAAUGAGCCUUUUACACAAAAAACCUCCACUUACCGACAAGAAAAGCCAUUUCUAAGCCAUUUCCUUUUUCACGAUACAAACUGCGGGGAAUUGUACCCACAAUAUCAUCGUGGUGUGUAAGCUGAGUUUUCGUCAAUGUCCCAUGGAGCUUGUGCAUGGCAUCAGGUGAGCAAAAUAUAACAUACAUCACUCGGUACAGAUGCGUCUACCGUUGGCACCGGUUUCGUUUUCGAACGUAACAGCAGCGCCGCGAUACUUGUGCGUUGUUGAAAUGGCGAAGGUCGCAUGGUGAAUCCGGUGCAGAUCUCGCUGUGUUUCACCACCGUGCGGCGUAGCCGAGUUGGCGUUGGGCCGCCAUGGUGUGCGAGGAAUGAAAUGGGGGACCCCUCCGUCCACUUUCCCCACUCUGAACCCCGGCGCAAAGUAGCCACCUCCGCCCCGCUAUCGAGGGCGUGGUCUCGCACGCCCGCAACCCGCGACAGCGACGCCGCUGUUUCACUGCCCGCUGCGUUUGGACCCCUCGUGUUCGUCCGCCCUCCGCAGGCUUCACGGCCGCCCUUCUCUACCUCUGCCCUUGCCUCUGGCCCACUUCCGGUGCUCUACUGGGUUGUCGAUUUUGUCCGAGCGUCGUACCAGCUGCAGGCAGCGUGACGCCUAAGGGAGUUUUGGCAGCGGAGGUGCAGAAUAAAGUUUACGUGUGUGCGCAUGCCCGUCGUUUACCAAUACGUGUGCGGAGUAUCGGAAGCGCUGGCUCAAAACUUCUCUUUCCCCACCCCCCCUUCCCCCUCGUGCAUGUUUGUGGUGAAGUCCUGUGUGCGGUCGUCCUGUGUGCGGUCGUGCAAGGAGUGCUCCCUGGGAUCAGACGGGUGCUUUUGAGAAACACUUGCAAAGAGAACGGCCUGGAGCUGUGCCACUAAACAUGUGCCGUAUUAAUUUCCCUUCAGCGUGGGUGUUAAAACCACCAACCCAGAUUCCUUAGGAGGUCACCUUGUGUACCGACUAGUCCUGUUCGAAUGACUGUGCGUCGCCGAUGCCUGAUUUAGGCCAACGUGUUUUUUUGUGGGCUUCAUUUUUUUAUCGAUGAAAUUUGCUACUCGCGACCGCUGUCCUUAAAACGGUCCAGGGUUUUGAAGUCUUGACAACACCAGGGGUGAAGAAUGCUACACCUAAACGUCAAGCUGUGCGACGAUUGCUUUUCAAAUUUGGUGUCCAAGAUCGGCUUCUCAAAGUUGCUUCCACCAUUCCACCCGUGCCCACUAAUGUACAAUGAACGGAAGCCCCACUCUGCACCGCGUGUUUUGGUCUAUAAGGCCACGAGGAUAGCGAUAAGUGUUGUGAAGUAUUCUCAAGAUAGUGGGUGCUUAUUGUAGCUGUUGCCUUAACCCCCCUCGUAGCCUGUGUGGGACGUCGCCACAACGGCGCUGGAUUUAUAGACACCUUUGGAAAGGAAGGAGGAAGGCCCCCUUUAAUAGAGCGUGUGCAGCAGAGCGAGAUGGGACGCAGUGUGCAGAGCCACGUUUUUACCUGCACAACAAUCGUCAUAACAACUCGUCUAUUGAAAUAGUAUUUAGCCAAAACAAACCAAGCAUAUUUACCUGAAUAAGUAGGCGCCAAAUGUUUUGCCUGCUUACGCCACAGUAGUUAAAUGUAAUCGCCGUGCACAAUUAUAAUUGGAGCUUGGUGGAGAAUCAAAUCAAAGUGUUGGAAUUGGCGCAAUUUGGGUUUUAACGGUCACUUCGGCAUGCGCUCUGAGCAGACGUUUCCAGCCUCUCCAGCCAUGGCCACUGAAAAUGGGCCGAGCGAAGGAGGCGCAUUCAGCCGACUCUGCUUGAGGCCCCCGAUCACUUUGGAGUGUCGUUUGUGGGCUUUAGUUUAAGCUUAAACGGUGUGUGCGCGUGUGUCUACGCUGUACGUUUUUUGUGCGUACGUAUGAGUGUAUGUACAUGCAUGCGUACAGCUUUGUGUGUGUGUAUGUAUGUAUACACACACGGGCGGUAUACUGAAUGUAUACACAUGUGUUUCUUCUAAGGUGUAAAUUUGACAUGUGCUUGUCCCCCAGAGUAAGUUGAGGGCUUUGAGAGUGCCCAGUGGACUUGGGUAAGAUGGGUUUUCACUUGAUCACAGGAGGUGAUGUGUGUGUGUGUAUAUAUAUGUGGUGCUUGGGGAUUCUCGGGCUACUGUGAGCAUUAGUUAAAAUACGGGCAAGCCCCGCUCGGCGUUGGCUGGUUUAAGUCGAUUCUACUUGAACCGUAGGUGCCUCUGCUGCAUCCUUUUGAGUUUGCUCCGUCGCUGCCUUAUGCACGUGGCCACGCGUGAACCCAGCUUAAGAGAGCAAUGUUUAGUUGUCGACAGUGUUGCUUGCCAAAUCUUAGCCAGUGUACCGCUCCCUUAUGGGUUUGCACUGGCACGGAAUCACCUUUUCCAGAUCCAUAAGGGCGUGUGUAAUGCUUACUGGAGUAAGCCAAAAUUAAGAUUGUUGAAAUUGAGAAAUGCAUUAACACAACGACGAAGGGAUGCAAUGCAGGAAAUAUGCAUUUGUAUGAAUUUCCAGGUGAUCGCUGGUAAAUCCAUGAUCUGUAUUUGUUGGUUUGAGGAAAAUCAGACCUGUAACUCAUUAUACCUACAGUUUUGUCGCCGUGAUGACGGAUGACAAAAGCUUCUGCGAAGAUAAUUAAUAAAGCAUAUAUUGGACGCGAACGUGUAUGACAGGCCGCAAGAUUCAUUCGACACAUCCAAACACCAACCAAAUCGCGUAAACAAAAAUAAACGCGUCAAUCCCAAUGCCGAAGAACUGCGGGAUCAAGGUAGGAGAGACGUGCGAGUGUGGGCAUUAGGAAAUGCUCCGGGUUUGGCGCUCCCCCCCCCCCCCGUGUGUCGUGUGCGCGUGUGACCAAGUCCCGGCCUCUAUUGCACAGUAAGGCCACGUGGAGUUGUUUGUGCUUUGCUGCCGAGGUAGAACGCGCACUGUGUCGAGGAGGUUUCGCGUCCACCCGUGCGGCGGUUAGUCGGCGUGGGUGGCGAGGGGCGAGAGUUUGAUGUGCACUUGAAUGGGACGCGGUUACGCACAGUCGAUGUAAGUCGUUUCAGAUUCGUUGAAAACGGUGAAUUCCUGUUUUAUGUUAGCGCCUGUAAUUAAUCACACGUCAAAGUAUACAACAUGGAAUCGCAUAUAUAACA